AUGGCGAUGACAGCACGUCUCGUGCUCAACUACAAGGGCAUCCCGUACAAGACGGAGUGGAUCGAGUAUCCGGAUCUGAAACCGACGUUUUCAAAGUUUGGCAUCCCCGCGCACACCAGCGGGCCGUAUGAAUACACCUCACCGACCAUCCGCCUGCCCUCGGGCGAAUACGUGAUGGAGUCGCGGGUCAUCGCCGACAAACUGGAGCAACUCCACCCCUCACCCUCCUUGCACCUCGACUCGCCUUACCUGGCGCGCAUGGAACAGCUCCUGCCCAAGAUCCAGAACGCGGUCCGACCCAUCUUCAUGCCGCGGGUGCCCAAGACGUUCCUCAACCCGGUUUCGCGCGACUACUUUGUCGCCACGCGCGAGAAGGCCAUCGGCAUGUCGCUCGACGAGUACGCUUCCAAGAACACGGAGCAAGCGUGGGAGGACGUGAGGCCCUUGGUCAAGGAACUCGCGGGCGUGUACGCCGAAAAUCCCCAGGGCCCGUUCUUGAUGGGCAACGACGUCUCCUACGCCGAUUUUAUGGUCGUGGGAUUUCUGAGGAUGUUUGAUCGCUUGGGCGCCGUGGAUCAGCUUUUCGCCAUGGACGGUGGUGAGAAGCUCAAGGAGGUUUAUGGGGCUUGCGCCAAGUGGUUGGAGAGGGAUACCUACUAA